UGACAAGAAACGAAUUGACAAAUGGAAAAAAAAAAAGGGAAAUGAAGAGAAGCACCAAGCCACCACCGAGUGCAAGAAAACAAGAAAGACAGACAGCACUUUGAGGAGCUCGAGUAUCCUCUCUUUCUUAUUCCGAAAACCCUAGUUUUCACCGUCUCUCUCUAUCCCUCUUCAACCCCUACCCCCCUUUUCCUCUCUGUCCCGAAAUCCACUUCCUUCAAUAUAGAUCUCCUUUUCAAUUCUCCAAUAAAACGCCGCCGUUUAAUCCUUCCACCCUGCAAAACCCCAAAUUUCUCAAAUCUAAGGUUUCUUCGCGCUAUUACUCUCUCACACAACGCCAUACAUCUCCAAAAAUCUUAAAUUUUUUGUCCUUCCAUUAAUAUUGAAAAAGUUCGGAGCUUUUCGAAAUUGGGUGGUGAAAAGGAAAAGAUAUGUAUAGUCAUAGAGAUCGAGGAGGAGGAUCAUCGAAAUCGGAGCUAGUGGGAGGACCGUUAGAUCGGAAGCGCAUAAACGAGGCGCUGGACAAGCAACUAGAGAAGUUGUCCCCUUCCACUUCGAGAGGCUUGAACAGCAAAGACAAAGAAAGAUCCUCCGUUCCUUCAACUUCCACUGGUAAAUCCCAGCUUGAUCAUCGCGAUUCGCGCUCUGCAGCUCUCUCCAAAGCCAAAUGUUCUGAUGAGGAAUCUGAAACAGACAGUGAAGAAUCAGAUGUGAGUGGUUCUGACGGAGAUGACACAUCUUGGAUCUCGUGGUUUUGCAAUUUGCGAGGCAAUGAGUUUUUCUGUGAAGUUGAUGAUGAAUACAUCCAAGAUGACUUUAAUCUUUGUGGGUUGAGCAGUCAAGUUCCAUAUUAUGACUAUGCGCUUGAUUUAAUAUUGGACGUCGAAUCUUCUCAUGGUGAUAUGUUCACCGAAGAACAGAAUGAAUUGGUUGAAUCGGCAGCAGAGAUGUUGUAUGGUCUUAUGCAUGUCCGUUACAUAUUAACUAGCAAGGGAAUGUCUGCUAUGUUGGAGAAAUACAAAAACUAUGACUUUGGGAGAUGCCCAAGAGUUUACUGCUGUGGACAACCUUGUCUUCCUGUUGGUCAGUCAGAUAUUCCUCGUUCAAGUACUGUGAAAAUCUACUGUCCUAAAUGUGAAGAUAUUUAUUAUCCCCGAUCCAAGUAUCAAGGCAAUAUUGAUGGAGCUUAUUUUGGAACAACAUUUCCACAUCUAUUUCUGAUGACAUAUGGGCACCUAAAGCCACAAAAGCCAACGCAAAACUACACCCCAAGAGUUUUUGGCUUCAAGAUCCACAAGCGCUGAUGUGAUACAAGAGUUGCAAGCUGUAAGUUGUGUUGAGAUCUCCAAUUGUCCAAGGGUGGCGAUAUUCGCUUAGCCGGGUGCUUCUUUCAAUGCAGUGGAUGCCCCAUUCCAUGCAAUGUGAAGUGGAGUUCCCAAAAGAGGACGGAUUUUUAAGAUUGAUAUGCCAACGAAAUAUGGCCUGUUAGUGGAGCACGAAAUAUCUAGAAUUUAUUCAUGAAUUUAACAUAACGUUUGUAUUUGUAAGCAUAUAUAUAUUUUUUAUCGUGAGUUGAGGAUUGUUUGAAGUGCUUUUUGUUGUAGUUAGCUGAUUUUCGUCCCUCGUUUAUUGACCUGUGUACACAUCACCAUUCCAUUCUCCAACGAUAGCUCUAUCGAUACAAUCCUAGCCAUCUUUUCUUCA